GCCCCGCGGGUUGUGCUGCUGCAGGUAUCGGCGGGGGAGGGGGCGGGAUCUGGGUCCCUUGUUCGGCUCCGUGGACCUGGAGUCAGGAAGCCCCUAGAGCUCCCCUCCGGCUCACGCCUCCCGAACCUCAGAAUAAUGGCCAGUAAGAAGAAGGAGAUAAUACUGCAGGUUACUAUCAAUAACCAGGAGCUUUGGGAGGAAAUGCUGGGUUUCAAAGGACUGAUAGUUGUUGAUGUGUAUCAAGGCUGGUGUGGUCCAUGCAGAACAGUCGUGAACCUUUUCAGAAAAAUAAGGAAUGAGCUUGGUGAUGACCUUCUGCAUUUUGCCGUGGCUGAAGUAGAUUCCAUUGAUGCUCUAGAGAACUACAGGGGAAAAUGUGAACCUACCUUUCUGUUUUAUGCAGGAGGAGAAUUAGUAGCUGCUGUAAGAGGAGCCAAUGCACCACUGUUACAGAAAACGAUCCUGGACCAGCUGGAGGCAGAAAGGAAGGUUUUAGAACAAGGAGCAGAACGUGUGGGGAUUAAGGAUGAAGUCCUCUCCAAGGAAGGAGAAGAUGCCACCAUCGUUCAGGAAGAAGAAUAGGAAGACGAGCUGGGAAAGCAAUCCUGCCACAAUGAGAUUAAUGUACCCCUAAUCUUCUGGGAUUGCUUUUUCCAUUGUCCUAUUGAAGCAGAGGAAUUUUAGAGACACCUUUUUGCCCUUUAUACAUGCUGCAUCUACAUACUGUGCUGCUUUUGCUCCUCCCUCUGAAGAUAUUUGCACACAAUUAAUGUGUUUAUGAACUGGCAUUAAUGAAGAAAUUCAGUGUCUGAUA